AUGCCCAGGACAAUGUCAGUGACUCCUGGUAAUUUGUCACUCAAUGGGACGAGCUUCUUGACGGAGCAUCACAGCAUUCUGGACAAGCCCAGUGAGCAGAGAACUUGGAAUGUCUUUCUGUUCUGCUUGACUCUUGCCAUUGCACUCCCAGCCCUUCUGGGCAGCAUUUAUUCACUGGUUUCCCUGCUGAAGCUGCAGACCAAAAGCACGGUUUCGUGGAUUGUGACCUCUGUGGCAGCAGAUGAUCUGAUCAGCAUCGUGCCAGUGAUUAUUUUCAUGCUCAUGCAGUGGUCAAGUGAAGUCCUCCCCCAGCCUCUGUGCACCACCUCCGCGUUUUUGUAUUUAUUCCAGGGCAUUUCUAGCAACCUGAAAGGGUCUCUUAUCGUUUCCUACAACUUCUACACCCUCAGCACGCCGGGGACACCGAGCUGCAGCUCCUCCAGGCUCCGUGUGAGCGCGGCAUGGGCCAUCCUCGCCAUCUGGACCGUCAGCCUGCUGCUGUGCACUUUGCCUCUCUGUGGCUGGGGCAGGUACAUCCCCACGUCCUGGGGCUGCUUUGGGGACUGCGGCAGCUCCCACACCCUGUUGGUGCUGGCCGUGUACUCGCUGUGCCUCUCGCUGCUGGCAGCGCUGGCCGUGCCCCUCUCGCUGCAGCUGCUGUGCUCAGGUGAGCCCCAGGUGCUGCCCACCGGGCACCCGCGGGGCUCUGCGGGCUGCGGCUGCCCCGGCACUCCCUGGGGCUGCGGGGCCCCUCGGCUGCCGCUGCUGGACCCUGGGGACAGAGCCCCGGAGCCCUCCCAAGCCUCGGAGGUGGUGUUUGGGAAGGGUGCGGCUGAGAGCAGCACCCAGAGCCGGAGCUCCACCGUGGGCUUGGCCCAGAAACGAUUCUCCCUGAUCCUGGCACUGACCAAAGUCCUUCUCUGGCUGCCAAUGAUGAUACACAUGGCUGUCCAGUACAUCACUGGGCUGCAGAGCCUCUCUUUUGAGGCCCUGAGCUUCCUGCUGACGGUGCUGGCUGCUGCAGUCACCCCGGUGUUUGUGCUGUCCCAGCACUGGCUCCACCUGCCCUGCGGCUGCAUCAUCAACUGCAGGAGCAGCUCCCAUGCAGUGUGCUCACCAGGGGCCCAAAGCAAGCGCGGCGGUUUUGAGUUCAACCUGUCGUUCCAGCAGGGCUGUGGCAUCUACAGGAUUUCCCUGGAGAGCCCUCCCCAUGCCAGCAGGGGUGGCAAACACUCGUCCUACCCCAGCCUGGUGGGCUCUGCCUGCGGGGAGCCGGGCAGAGGCAGGGACAGCCUGGGACCGACAGGGACAGGGGCACAGGGACACGGGCACCAGGGCACCAGGGCUGGCACAGCGCCCUGCCAGGGCACCAGGGCUGGCACAGAGCCCUGCCAGGACCAGCAGGACACCAGCCCCGGCCCGCUCCCUGAAGAACCAGAGUGGAGGCUGUGCCACCAGGAGAGCCCCACGCCCGAGCUCUCGGACUGGGAGUGGUGCCGGAGCAGAUCCGAGAGGAACCCUCGGCAGCGCACGGGCGGAGCCCUGGCCGUGCCCCUCUGCGCCUUCCAGGGCACCGUGUCCCUGCAGGCUCCCGGCGGCAAAACGCUCUCGCUGUCCACGUACGAGGUGAGCUCGGAGGGGCACAAGAUCGCGCCCGCGGCCAAGAGGAUCGAGGUGCACCGCUCCAAGAGCGUCGGGCACGAGCCCAGCCCGGGCGAGCCCGGCUUCGCGGACGCGAGCGUGAAGAUUCACCUGGAGGUGCUGGAGAUCUGCGACACCCCCGAGGCGCUGGACACCGUGUCCAUCGUCAGCAGCAUCAGCCAGUCCUCGGCGCACGCCCGCUCGCCCUCGCUGCGCUACUCCCGCAAGGAGAACCGGUUCGUGAGCUGCGAGCUGGGCGAAAGCGCCUCCUACUCGCUGCUGGUGCCGUCCAACAGCGACUUCAGCAUCUCCAUCCCCGACACCGUGGAGGCGCACCGCCGCAACAGCCAGCAGCAGGGCUCGGCCCGGGCGGGGUACCAGGAGGAGAUCCAGCUGCUGAACAGAGCCUACCGAGAGCGGGAGGGCAGCAGCUAA